GUUGAACGCGCGGAUAGAAUUGACUGGUUAGGGGGAGGGAGGCUGUGAACAGUCUAAAAUGAAAGGCCAAUGAAGUACAUAUAAAAGGAAUUACAUAAGAUAAAGAAGAUAUAGAGAAACACUUUAAAGAAAACUUAACACCGUAACAUGACGUUUCGGCAUCAUGAUAAAUAAAAUGAAAAAGUACUGUUUGAGAAAAUGAGUUCUUCUGUUUCCUUCCUCUUCCAGAGUGACGAGCAAUGUUUCUCUUACCACUGCCACUGGGUUAAGCAGGAGAGAGAGAAGACUUCACAGAAUCUCUCAGUCGCUAAAAUCCGAUCCUGUUGCAAUCGCAUUUUUGUCCCCUUAUCUCUCUGCCUAAUUCGUCAUGCCCAUAUCUAACACAUGGCCAGAUGUGGCUACAUCAAGUCUAGCCAAGGCAAAACAACUUCUCAGAUACACUCAGUUUUGAAUCUUUCCUAUUCAUGUACAUCAUAUCUACAGCCGUUUUGUUGUUAUUUCUCGGGAUAUUUUGUGGUAUUUUACAUGACGAGAUAACCUAUCCUUCACGUGGCAGUUGCCUCUUGAUGUACAAAAUGGCGGAUGAUGGAAAAAGUUAAAUUGAAAAAAGAUGCUCGCAAAGCUCCAGAAAAACUGGUUUUUAAUCGGAAUCGUUGUGGUGAUCUGCUUAGCCAAGCUUGCACCUUUCAUCGGGGCAAAAGGCGGUGUUCUUAAGCCAGAAGUCACUGUAAAAUAUGUUGCCGUCUCAGCCAUCUUUUUCAACAGUGGACUCUCGUUGAAGUCGGAGGAGCUGAAAAACGCACUUAGUAAUGUUCGACUACACGUCUUCGUUCAAAGCUUUACUCUGGCCUUUGUACCGGGAUUGAUGUCGUUGUUAGUGAAGCUGCUGGAGCUUACUACCUUGAACGAAUGGCUUCUUAAAGGCCUUCUUGUUGUGGGCUGUAUGCCGCCGCCGGUGUCAUCUGCUGUGAUAUUAACGAAAGCUGUCGGGGGUAACGAAGCCGCAGCAAUCUUUAACUCGGCGUUCGGCAGUUUCCUGGGAAUAUUUGUCACUCCAUUUUUGCUACUUGUGUUCCUUGGCUCCUCAUCACCGGUUCCUUUCCUGUCCAUCGUGAGUCAGUUGUCAAUGACUGUAGUUGUCCCGCUCUUAGUCGGUCAGUUCCUAAGAAGGUAUAUAAAAGACUGGAUGGAACAAAACAAGCCACCAUUUGGUACCAUCAGCAGCUGUGUGCUACUUCUAAUAAUCUAUACAACAUUCUGUGACACUUUUUCACACAAAAGUGCUGAGAUUGAUUCGUCUGGCCUUGUGGCAGUAGCAGUGUUUAUAAUUUGUUUACAAUGUUGUUUACUAAUGCUUACAUUCUCCCUAGCAACCAUGAAAGAUUCGACGUUCAUGCCAGCAGAUACAGUGGCAAUCAUGUUCUGUUCAACACACAAAUCUCUCACAUUAGGAAUUCCCAUGCUCAAGAUUGUAUUUUCAGGGUACAAAUAUCUCUCGCUUAUUUCCAUCCCGCUGCUUAUUUAUCAUCCAGUGCAGAUAUUACUUGGAGGUCUUUUGGUCCCAGUGGUAAAGGGCUGGAUGAUCAGUGCUCAGCAGAAAGGAAAGUUAGUUGUGAAUGCAGCUGUUUAGUGUGCCAAGUACUUUUAUGAAAUUUCUAUAACCAAGCUGGGUUAUACUUUUAGUUCAAAACUUUAUAGUGGAGUUAAUCUGAAUAUUUUUUUCCAGAAAAUAUCUAUAUCCCUCCCAACAGGAAAAUUUGCUUGUCCCAGAUAACUGGACGGCACAUUUUGCGAGCCCUACCCCACUUUUUAGGGCAAGAAUUUCGUAGAAUUUCCAGCAACUUUCCUUUGAUAGGAUAUGGAUAUUAUCAACUGAAGGCACAGUAUGAAGCCCAUGGUGAGGUGACAGAAGGAGAGGUUGUUAUUAUUAUUUAUCAGGGAUGUUGGUAUUGGACUUCAAAUAUUUAUUCAGAGCAACAGGAGGGUAGCAAAGGGUGUAUGCAUGAUGCAUGAUGAUGGCAAAAAUUAUUGUCUGAGGGAUGUAAAGUAAUGAAAUGACAAGCAUGAUUUGUGAAUAGAUCUAUUGUUAAUAAGUAAUAAUAAAUAAUAAUAAUAACAUUUCUAAAGCGCUUUCUCAAGGGUCCAAAGACGCUAUUUACAAGGUUAAAAAUUCAUAUUACGAAAAGAAGUAAAAAGCUAGGAGAUAAAUUAAAAUAACUAACUACAAUAAGGUUUUCAAUUUAAAAAGGCACGCUUAAAAAAAAACUGUUUUCAGCUCUCUUUUAAAUAUGUCCAGCGAUUCUGCAUCCCUAACAUGUUGUGGAAGACUGUUCCAAAGCAACGGUGCAGCAACAGAAAGCAUGGCAGCUAUAACUAUUUAGUUUGAAACCAGGCAUGAUGACUAAAUUUUUUGAGCUAUAUACAAGUAUACAAGAUACUCUAAUUUUGUUCAAUUUUAUACAUGAAGUGGGAUCUUGACCCCCAAGCGCCACCCCUUUGCUACCCUCUUUAGACUGAGGACUUAAGUAUUGCAAUGUAUUUACGACACAAGUAAUAAUAGGAAAAUUGGAAUAUUUUGUGACUGGUUAGGAAAUUAUAGCCUGGGAACGCAGAUAUAUUUCCGGCUGUCACUUGG